UUACAGAUCCAGAUUAACAUGGCUACCCCUCUGAUACAUUAAUAGGCUAGUUUUUCCUUUUUACGUCUUAGACCUUUGCUGAUUACUCCCUGGAGUCUCAAAAUCAGAUAAUGAUUCAAUAAGUUUUUUUCAAGAAUAUUGUAGACAGUUGCCAUAUCUGUCACAACAGCGUUACAGGCAUUAAAUCUGAACAAUGGCUUAGAAAUAUAGUUUUAAAAAAAUACUACUUAAGGCCACUAAACUGGCCUCAGUCCUUUGUUGUAUGGGUUUUUAAUUUUUCAUAAGUCUUCAAAGUCUGAAUCAAAACUAGAAUAGCUGUGCUAGCUUGUUUAACUGCCUCACUGCUGCUAGACCACAUGUACUCUGACAGCAGAUUCUUUUUUUUUAUUAUUGAACAUCCAUUAAGAUGAAUUGAGCAUCAAGUCUUGCCAAGGGCAUCCAGUCACAUUAGAUAAAUGCACUUGGUGCAUGUUUCUGACACUUCUUUCAGCAUUAAAAUGGUCACCAUUUUCAGUGCUUCUGUACUAGGACUUUUCACCAAGUUUAGUGUGCAUUAAGAAACUGUGACUGCUAAUCAUGAGUCAUCCUUGCUAGCAUCCUAGUGUGUCUCAUGGUUGUAUUCCUGUGAUCAGGCUGUAACAAUGUCAUUCUGCUAUAUAGCUGGAACUCUCUAAACCAUGUAUGCACAACAUGAUCUUCAGCCAUUUCAGAAAUCUGAGUAGUAGGCCAUGCAUUCUCUCUCAGGCUGCUGGUGCUUCUGAUUGUGAGAAUUUUCCCAAAAUGCAAUGAAAUAAAACAUGAUUAGUGUCAUGACAAGUAUGGACAUGCCCAUGUUUUGUCUUGAAAAAGUUGAAACUGGAUCACAUGAACCAUAUUAUAUAAUGAAUUUCUGCUUUCCAUCUCUUUUUCCUGUACAUGAAAAAUUGCAAAAACUAUUACAAUGCUCCAACACAUUAAUUUCGAUCCCGUUGUUCCAUUUGAACAGGCUACUAACCACGAAGAAUUUCACAGAUCAUUCUGAUUUUUUUUAAAGAAGAGUUCAUUUUGGGAAUCAUGAACAUCAAUGACUUUGUAAUACUGCCAGGUUCAAAAACUGGAACUUCUGUAAAAUUAAAUGCGAAAAAUGUACAAGAGCUGAAAUUGGAGAAGGUACAGUUAGAACUAGAAAACAAGGAGAUGGAGAAGAAACUACAGCAACUACAAUCUAAUAUGAACAGAGAAAAAGAAGAGAGGAGGGAACGAUCAAGUGGAUAUCGCUGGCAAUCUGGACAGGCAGGACCAUUGGGCAUUCAACCUCAAGUAUGGUCACAAAAUAAAGAAAAUGUUGUUAAGGUUUCUUCAGGAAAAGUGAAGUUGAAGAUCCUCAAAGAACAGUGUCAUGAGCCAAUGAAACAGCCAUUUAUACAUAAAAUGGCAAAUGUUGCAAUCCCUGGAGAACUUAAAAUUAAGCGGAAGGCAUGUGGACAGUGUGAGACCAAAAAUGCUUUACUGGUAUGCUUAGAAUGUGGGGAAGAUUACUGUGGUAGUUGCUUUGCAAGAGUCCACCAGAAGGGGGCGCUGAAGCUCCAUAGAAUGAUUCCUUUACAGGCAAAAACUGAUGUACCAGUUGGAAAAUUAGAAGCUACCCAUCAGUUCAUGAAAGACUUCAAUCCUGAUGAAUCCAAAAAGAAUCAUGAGCAGAAGAAAGCAAAUAGUAAGAAUCAACGCAUGUCAGACAUUUCUUCAUCUCUGCUAACAUCAAUAGGCAAUGCUGAGGAAGUUUCCACAGUACCAGCAGAGGCAGUUUUUGAGAAUCAGAAUGGUGGUUUAUUACUGUAUGGUACUUUUGAUGAGGAAGAAUCUGCAGAGUCCUUUCAAGAAGCUUUAACUCAAUGGAGAAAUGGAAAUAAUGAACACAAAAAGGAACAGAACUGUGAUGAGGCUCAACAAGAAUCCAUGGGAGUUUGUGAGGUACAGACCCAUCUCACAAUUUUGAGAAAACCUGUUAAAAUUGAAUUCAGAGAAGAAAGCCUGAACUAUAUGGAGAAACUGUGGCUUAAGAAGCAUAGAAGAAUGCAAGUUGAUCAGAUAUCUGGUAUUCAAGCAGAUGAAUUCAGACCCAAGCAUGAAUUGAUGAAUGAACCUGAUGAUGCUCUGAGCGGAGGAGGAGGAGUUGAUGAUGAUGAUGAUGAUGAUGAUUUAAUAGUUGAAGAUAUGAAAAAGUAUUGGACAGCUCUCUUUAGAGCAGAAGAGUCUGACACAGUUCCUGGGAACCUUGAGUCUGCUUUGAAAAUUGAGGUACUCAGUGAUUCUUAUGAAGAGGAUCUAGAUGAAUCAUGUAACUCUGUAGUGAUGGAAGUUGGAUCCACUAAACUGAGUAAUGAGCAAAGUGAUUCAGUACCUGAAAAUCAGAAGGAUACAGUAUCAGACUUUUUACCAGAAUCAGCUGCUGAUAUAACUAGCAAGACAUCUCUUAAUUCUGCUUCUACAUCUGACAAAAGAGACCUUUUCAUUCCUCAUGAUAGAAGCACAGUUCCCGUUAAAGAAAUUUCUAAAGUUUCAUCUGCAAGAACAUCUACAGUGAAUCAUGAAAGAAUGUAUACUGAUUGCAUCCAUUCCAGCACAGAAGAAACAGUUCUCGGCAGUCCUCAUGAAAGUGCUGUAACCGAAAAAGAAAGCAUUAAAACAAAGACUUCUAGAAGAUCCCUUAGUGCUUGUAUGUUACCCGAGAAGACUUUCGACUUUCCUAAAUUAGGCAGCAAUGAACCUUCCCUCAUGAUAAGAUCAUUGAAAAACAGUAAAGAUUCACUGGAAUUUAACAGUUUCCACACGAGCAAGAGUUUGAUUUUACCUGUAACUACAGAAGCUUCAGUGUUGUUACAGGAAGUAGCCUUAAGAGAAAAACCUACUUUGACACAAUAUCAAGGACUUGAGGGAUUCUUUAUUUUGCAUGCAAAUUCUAAGCAAGUAACACUUGAUUCAAUUCCUUCACCUUUCUCAGAUUGCAGCUCUACAAACAGUACUUCAGUUUCAGGAAAGGGACAUUGGUUCAGAGACACUAGUUUAAGUGAAUAUGUUGAUGAUUCUGUAGUACAGGAUGUCUUGCAAAGUGAACUGAGCAGGUCUUCAAGUAGUCUUCAGGCUGGAGUUUCGCCAUGGACAUUAAUGCGCAAGUCACCCACUGAUAAUAGUUUACAAAGACCUUUGUCAGCAAUUAUACCAUCCUCUAAAUCUGUGAAGUCUGAUCGUAUCUGCUGUACACUCUCUCAGACAAGACCAAGAAAUUUAACUGCUCAGCCCUUAUCUAGGGCUGCUACUGAAAUUUCAAAAAAUGAAUGCAUUGAUGUAACAGAACAAGAUGACCCUCUCUUAGAAUAUACUGCAGAUCAACAAGCCUUAGCUGGCUUGGAAAAUGAACUAAAAAGUCAUACAGAUCCUCAGGAAAAACUUUACAGCUUUACCUCUGAAGACUUAUCAGCCUUCAGCAGACAUUCAAAGAAGAUAAGUGAAAAUAUUACAGAUUUCCAUAAUAACCUAGAAAUAAAAUACCACAGUAGAGUUGAUAUUUUUAGAGACUCUGAUGAAAGCCAUACAGAUGAGGAGGAAGAGAUUCUGAGGGACAAGCAGGAAGUUAUGGCACUACGUUGACCAACCAAAAAAACAAAACUUGCUAAUAAUUAUUUUUCUUUGCAUUGCAUAAAAAAAGCAGCCUGUUAUAAGGCAGUUCUCAGGUGCUGAAGAUGUUAACUGCUGAAGAAUGUUGUUGCAAGUCUAUCCUACCAAUAAAACAUGUCUAAAAUUAAAAAUCA